CUGAGAACCUGAGAGAUCGAGAUCAUGGGGAAUAUCUUCUGCUGCUGUGGUGGAAGAAGACGGAGGAGCAAUGUUCCUCAGGAGGCGACGGAAACAACUCCUCGUCAACCACAUCCACCCAAGAUUCCAGUUAAUCAAUCUGUAUCCCCCGUCGCGACGUCGUAUUCUCCGCCGGGAACUAUGUGGGGGGCGUACAAUCACCCGAUGCCGCCGCCUCGUGAUGUCGUGGACGAGAAACCCGUCACGAUUCGCAACGACACUAAUCUGAAGAAGCAGACUCUGACCCUCGAACAGGACCCGGUUAACCCGGGUCAUCUUCUCGUCGCAUUCACGUUUGAUGCACUCGUCUCCGGAAGGAUCACAGUCGUUUUCUUUGCGAAAGAAAGCGAAGAGUUCCAGCUCACAGCAACAAAGGAAGAUACGUUGCAGCCAAUCACAUUUGAUUUUGAGAAAGGACUUGGUCAGAAGUUCAUACAACCAUCUGGAACUGGUGUAGACUUAUCUGUCUUUGAAGAUUCAGAGCUAUUCAAGGAGGCAGAAACAGAUAUUUUCCCGCUGGCAAUUAAGCUGGAGGCAGCUCCAGAAGGAGGAAAGUCAUCUAGAUGCAUGCAGAUUACGCAAGUGACUUAUGUGAAGGAGGAAGGUGAGAUUAAGGCAAGUGUGAUCAAGCAGUUCAUAUCGGUGAAUGGGACCAGGUAUGAGUUGCAGGAUAUUUAUGGGAUUGGGGACGCUGUUGAUGAGAAUGCAAGAAAGGAAUGCGUUAUCUGCUUGUCAAAACCACGCGAUGUGACGGUUCUUCCUUGCAGACACGUAUGUAUGUGUGUCGGAUGCGCUAAGGAGCUAAGGUUUCAGACAAAUUUGUGUCCGGUUUGCAGACAACAUGUAGAGAGGCUUUUGAAGAUUCCGCUAAAAGAUUAAAAGCAGUGGAAGAAAUGGA